UUUCAGCGAAGAACAUUUCAUUCAUUACUAGCAAUUAUUUAGUCAUUUAGUUACUUAGGACUUGCUCCAUUUCUCAAUUUCAUCCAAGCCUAUCCCCACAAUGGCCACAACAGGCUCAACAUUCUCCAAAACCCUCCAAUCGCUCACCCAAAGCAAGAUCCGCGAACUAGAGAAACAACGCAUAGCGUUUGAAUCCCAAAAAUCCCAAAUCCUCACCUCGGCGGCUCAACAACCAGACCCCCGAGACAGAGUAGCAUGUAUUCUGCACGGCCUAAAAGCGCUCCGCUCUGAGAACGACAACUUAAAGGAUAACAAAAUAGCCAACAUCGAACGAUGGCUAGACCAGGCGCGGUAUGACUCUUCCAUUCCGCAGGAGAAGCUCGAGUCGUUCCAGGAACAUCUCAUUGCCACGCUGGAUGCUCAGAGUAGGAGGCUGAAUAUUGCGGAUUUGUAUUCUCGGCUUCUAACGGAGUGGAUGGAGCCUUCGUCUCGGUCGGAUCAGAUUCCUGAUGAGGAGGAGGAGGAGGAUUAUUUGGUGGUCGAGGAGCGACAGAAGCAAAGGUUGCAGCAAUUGUGUGAUCAGUUUGAGAGGGUGGUGUUUACUCCUUUGGAGACUGAUGAAGAUGAGAUUCAUGCGUUUAUUCAUGGUCUCUUUCCCACUGAGGAUAGCAGAAUUGCUCUGGGUUAUCUCCGGAAGAAGGUUAGACAUGAAUGCUCUGAGCUCUGGUAUAAAACGGACCCGUUUAACAUUUAUUCUAUCCGGUCCUGUAUCCGCGGACUCCUGACGGAGGACCUUCUCAGCGAAGAAAAACAAGGGAUACUCAAAUACUGUCUGGAAAAUACUGUUGCAUUGACUGAAAUUGCGGACGUUCUGAACAUGCGAUAUGCAGACCUCAAGAACUGGGACUGGCAUGCUGAAGACGGGAUCCCGGUUUUACCUCGCCAGCAAUUGAACGGCAAAUACCGGAUCUGGAUCGAUGAUGACGUUCUUCAGACUAUUUUCGCUCAAUACAUUGCUGUCCGGUUGUGCUCGAUAAUUAAAACCAUAUUGAAAGAGUUUAUCGAGAAGAAAUCGGUCUGGAAUUGGCAUCCAAGCCCACAAAUGACGGAGCGGGACAGCCUGCGUCGACAGUUCUACCUAAGCGAUUAUGACAUAAGAAGUAGUAUCGAAACGAGGCGGAAGAAUGACUAUCUGGAGUCUGAUUUCCUGUUCCACAUGCCUCUGACUGAGUCAUCCUUAUCGGAACGGGGCAUGCUGUACGAUGACGAGAACAACGAGGACGGCGCAGAUAGAGGCAUCGAUGGACCGUCGAACAUCAAACAGCAGCUGCUGCGGAAGGUCGCAUCUCAGGUCCUGCUUGAACGUCAAAUCAAUGGACAGGCGGCGGUGGUCCAGUCGGACAUGAAAUGGUACGCCACUGCACUGCCGCACAGUACUAUCCUCGCCGUUAUGAAGUUUUUCGGCUUCCCGGAAGAAUGGCUCGCUUUCUUUCAAAAGUACCUCGCAGCACCACUGAACUUGGAUCAUUCCGCCGAAGGACGGAUGCAGACUGGCCCUCGUAUUCGCAGGCGAGGUGUUCCCAUUUCACACGCGAUGGAGAAGUUGACCGGAGAGCUGGUGCUCUUCCCUAUGGAUUUGGCCGUCAACAGAGAAACAGGCCUGCUCCUUUACCGCAUCCACGAUGACCUGUGGCUCUGUGGCAAGCCAGACAAAUGUGCCAGGGCAUGGGAAGUUAUGCAAGAGUAUGCGAAAGUCACCGGGCUAGAGUUCAACCGGGGUAAAACAGGUUCAGUCUACCUCGCGGACACCCCGGAUGCCGAGAUCGCAGGUCGCCUCCCACCAGGCCCGGUCACAUUCGGAUUCCUAACACUCAACGCAAAAUCAGAAACCUGGGAGAUCGACCAAUCGCAGGUUGACGCACACGUUACCCAGCUCCAGAACCAGCUCAGUCGAUGUGGCAGUGUGAUCUCCUGGGUCCGGACGUGGAACAGCUGCAUCGGACGGUUCUUCAAGAACACGUUCGGUCAGCCUGCGCACUGCUUCGGGCGUGCACAUAUGGACGCCAUCCUCUCCACAUACGAGAAGAUGCAAAACACCCUGUUCAAUGCAGAAGAUGAGCAGGGUGGCAACAUGGUAACAGAGCAUCUACGAAGAAAGAUACAAUCACAAUUCGGGGUCUCCGACAUCCCAGACGCAUUUUUCUUCCUCCCCGCCGAGCUUGGUGGCUUAGGCCUGCGCAACCCCUUCAUCUCUGUUCUUCUGAUGCGGGAUUCAGUGGACCUAUCCCCGAUUGAGCGUAUCGAACGCUUCAAAAAAGGAGAACAUGGAAGGUACGCCUUCGCAAAAAAGACCUUCGACGAAAUGUCCGAGAAAACACGUCGCCGUCGCGCCGAAACCGUCAACCCCAAGCCCAAGUCAGGAGAACCCUUAGUUAUCACCGAGGCGGAGAUGCACACCUUCAUGACUUUCGAGGAGUUUACCCGAUAUCGGGAAUCCCGAAGCAAGAACCUGCAACUUUUAUACGAGGACCUGAUGACGGUCCCGUAUACAAAGACUAUCCAAGGAACACAAGACUGCCGCGAUGCUCUUAAUGCAGUCUCUGGACAGUUCCAUCUGUCUGACCAAAAUCCCGAAAUGAAAUGGAUUCUGCAGCUUUAUUCGGACGACGUGCUCAAGCGGUUUGGGGGGAUAACCCUUGUGGAGAAGCGGUUUUUGCCUGUUGGUAUUUUGGCGAUGAUGAAGGAGAAGAGGGUGAAGUGGAAUAUGGUUUUGUAGGUUUGCUCUUUCGAUGGGAUUUAAUGCAUACUUCUACCUGAAUAGUAGUUUAAAA